UCGCCGGCGUGUGGCCCGGGGCGGGGCGCUCGGCGCGUCGGGGGCAGGGUCCCCGCGGACCGGCCUCGGUCCCGCCCUCCGAGGCGGCGGCAGAGCAGCCGGAGCGGCAGCCGACCGAGCCCAUCCUGCGCCCCUGCUCCCGGCUGCGCCCUCCUAGUUAGCUGCGUCCCCGCUCCCGGCGGCCGGCCUCAUCCCCCGCCAUGCGGCCAGCCGGGCUGUGCGGGGCCGCGCCGCUCGCUGCCGUCGCCCUCCUGGCGCUGGGGGUUCCCCCAGCGCUGGCCGGUGAGGACUGCCUGUGGUACGUGGACCGCAACGGCUCCUGGCACCCGGGCUUCAACUGCGAGUUCUUCACCUUCUGCUGCGGGACCUGCCACCAGCGGUACUGCUGCCGGGACCUGAGCCUUCUCAUCACCGAGCGGCAGCAGAAGCACUGCCUGGCCUUCAGUCCCAAGACCAUAGCAGGCAUCGCCUCGGCUGUCAUCCUUUUUGUGGCUGUGGUUGCCACCACCAUCUGCUGCUUCCUCUGCUCCUGCUGCUACCUGUACCGCCGGCGCCAGCAGCUGCACAGCCCAUUUGAAGGCCAGGAGAUUCCCAUGACAGGCAUCCCAGUGCAGCCAGUGUACCCGUACCCCCAGGACCCCAAAGCUGGCCCUGUACCCCCCGAGCCUGGCUUCAUGUACCCACCUAGUGGUCCUGUUCCCCAGUACCCACCCUACCCGGCGGGGCCCCCGAUCUACAACCCUGCAGCUCCUCCCCCCUAUAUGCCACCGCAGCCCUCCUACCCAGGAGCCUGAGGACCCAGUCUGCUGCCCCUCAGUCACGCCCUCUCCUGCAUCUGCAUCUGGCCCUGGGGGUGGGCAGGGGUCUUCCACGCACCAGGCCCCAGACCAAGCCCAGCCCUGGGCCCAACGGGGGACAGAGCCCCAGGAAGUGGAACAGGAGCUGAGCUGGACCUUGGCUGUGAAUGGGGGGGGUGGGGAGGGCUUGGGAUUGGUGGACUGUUUUUACUGGGGCAAGGGAAGGACAUGAAAGCCCGGUCACAGCCCCUGCUCUCUGUUAGUCCCUCCACUCCCAGGAAAGCUGGUCCCCCACCCCAUCUGCCCACUGUGGGCUGGGGUAGGGCAGGGAGGGGGCUCCAUCAGCAGUGGGCAGAAGCCCCCCUUGUGGCAGCCCCACUAGCCAGGGCUCCGGUCUGCUGGAUUAAAGCUGUAAAGAGGU